AUGAUUACGGGACGCCCCAAUUUGCGUCUUUUCUCUGCCCUGCGUUCGCCCUUAGCUACACGCCGCUUUGCGACCGAGUCGCGGUUAACCUCGGACCAUGUCCGCAUCGUUGAGGUCGGCCCCCGAGAUGGUCUGCAGAACGAGAAGAAGUCGAUCUCAAAGGAAACAAAGCUCGAAUUGAUCGGACGGCUAGCUAAAACAGGUGUGACAACCAUCGAAGCUGGCUCGUUUGUCCCUGCCAAAUGGGUACCACAGAUGGCAAGCACAGCUGAGAUUUGUGAGCAUCUUCUCACCCGGCCUCCACCAGCCCAGUCUACCAUUGCAUACAACUACCUAGUCCCCAACAUCAGAGGACUAGAGAAUAUGGUCAAAAUCAUGGAGGACACGGGUGUCCCCGCAGACGCAAGGGGAGACACAUCAAAUGCCGCCACAACGUCAGAAGUGUCUCUCUUUGCUGCAGCAACGGAGGCCUUCUCCAAGGCUAACACCAAUUGCUCCAUCGACGAGUCACUCGAGCGCAUUAAGCCGAUUGUUGCAUUAGCAAAGUCUAAAAAUAUCCGGGUCCGAGGAUAUGUCUCUGUCGCCCUCGGAUGUCCUUACGAGGGUCCCGAUGUGAACCCUGUCAAGGUUGCUGACAUCACUGCCACCCUGCUGGAAAUGGGAGCGGAUGAAGUCUCGGUGGCGGACACCACUGGCAUGGGCACCGCCCCUCGCACCAUGGAGCUUUUGCAAGCGCUCAAGGCUGCCGGCAUUGCCAAUACAGACCUAGCAUUGCACUUCCAUGAUACAUAUGGACAAGCAUUGGUGAACACCAUCGUCGGGCUGGAGCAUGGUGUUCGCAUUUUCGACAGUAGCGUGGGCGGCCUUGGUGGCUGCCCAUACUCAAAGGGUGCGACAGGAAACGUGGCGACCGAGGACCUAGUGCAUACCAUCCACAGCUUGGGAAUGCAUACAGGAAUUAGCCUGGAUGAGAUGUCUAAGGUUGGAUCAUGGAUCAGCGGGGAGCUGGGGCGAGCUAACGAAAGCCGGGCUGGUAAAGCCACCCUCGCACGUCUUGCGGAGGAGAAAUCGAAGCUCUGA